UUUAACACUGGCAUUGCAUGCUUUGAAAUCCAACAAAAUUUAGCACCUGUAUUUAUAUGUCGCGCAUCACAUAUAUGUAUAUAUAUACAAAGUUACAAACCUUCAUCUUCUAACCCCACCCUUUAAGCCAAACCAUCUUCUUCCACAUAUAUAACAUAUAUGCAUCAUGUUCCUUUUGCUCAACAUCUCUGUUUCUUCCAUUGUCUUCAAAUUGGAGGUUUUUGAUUAAUGGGUUUUCUCCGUCUCCCUCUGAAUUGUAUGAGAUUCUUUAAUUUUCUUGGUUGACACUUGAGCCUUGACUUGCCCGGGUUUGUUUUCUUCAAAGUUUUGAAAUGGGACCCGUUAGAGGGAUGAAGAGGAGGAAGAAGGCAGAGAAGAAGGUUGACCAGAAUGUGUUAGCUGCAGCUGCUUCACUGAGUUCUCAACCCCAGCCCGUUGAUUGGUGGGACGACUUCUCUCAGAGAAUAACUGGCCCUUUAUCUCAAUCAAAAUCAAAAGAUAGAAUGAAAUUUGAAUCUGUCUUCAAAGUUUCGAGAAAGACAUUCAGUUACAUCUGUUCACUUGUAAAGGAAGAUAUGAUGACUAGCAGCUCAAACUUCAGUUAUUCAAAUGGAAAGCAGUUGUCUCUAAAUGACCAAGUUGCUGUUGCUCUUAGGAGGCUUAGCUCUGGUGAGUCCUUAGUGAGCAUCGGUGACUCAUUUGGGAUAAACCGAUCAACCGUUUCUCACAUUACCUGGAGGUUUGUGGAAGCAAUGGAAGAAAGAGGGCUGCACCAUCUUUGUUGGCCUACAAAGCAUGGUGAAAUGGAGGAGAUAAAGUCCAAGUUUGAGAAAAUCCGCGGCCUUCCAAAUUGUUGUGGUGCAAUUGACAUCACACACAUCCUGAUGACCCACCCUACACCGGGCUCACCAGAUGAUGUCUGGCUCGAUUGCGAAGAAAAAUGCAGCAUGAUCUUACAGGCAAUUGUUGACCCGGAUAUGAGGUUCCGUAACAUUAUUACAGGAUGGCCAGGAAGUUUGAGUGAUGAGCUAGUCCUUCGGAGUUCAGGUUUUUUCAAGCUGUGUGAAGAAAGAAGUUGUUUAAACGGGAAGAAGUUGGUGCUUUCAGAAGGAACAGAAGUAAGAGAAUACAUAGUUGGAGAUUCUGGUUUUCCUCUCUUGCAAUGGCUUCUCACUCCUUACAAGGUGAGAGAGCUCUCAAACUAUCAGUGCGAGUUUAACAAGCGGCUCUCUGCGACGCAGAUGGUGGCACGCAGGGCGUUGGUGAGGCUGAAGGAGAUGUGGAAGAUAAUUCAAGGGGUAAUGUGGACGCCUGAUAAGAACAAGUUGCCAAGGAUUAUUCUGGUUUGCUGUAUUCUGCACAAUAUAGUUAUUGAUUUGGAGGAUGAGGCGCAAGAUGAAAUGCCCUUGUCUCAUCAUCAUGAUUCUGGUUACCGGCAACAAACUUGCGAAUCUGCUGACAAUACUGCCUCUCUCCUGAGAGAGAAGCUUGCUAUUUACUUGUCUGGAGAGAAGAACCUUGCUUCAGUCUUACCUGGUUGAAAUCGGAAAUCUUAUAAUCUUUUGGGGAACUUGCUUUUGUAGAAACUACAGUUCUAAAUAUAAUUUUGGCUGAAUGAAUCUCUUGCUCAAAUUGUGUUUCUUUUUCACAUGGGUUUUUUAAAAAACAUAAUUCAAGGGUUUGCUU